AUGAGUGCGGCUUCGGGCGCGCGGGGGCCGGUGUGCGCGGUGGAGUCCCCGCCGGCCCCGCCCUUGCGGCCCCUGUUCAGACACGUGCGGUACGAGAGCCUCGUGGCCGGUCUGAGCGGCGGGGUCGUCUCCACCCUGGUGCUGCAUCCGCUGGACCUAGUGAAGAUCCGCUUCGCAGUGAGUGACGGGUUGGAAUUGAGACCAAAAUACAAUGGGAUUCUACACUGUUUGACCACUGUCUGGAAGCAUGAAGGACUACGUGGCCUGUACAAAGGGGUAACUCCAAACAUGUGGGGUGCAGGUGCCUCCUGGGGACUCUACUUUUUCUUCUAUAAUGCCAUCAAAGCCUACAAGGAGGAAAGAAAGCUGGAAGGUCUUGGUGCAACCGAACACCUAGUGUCAGCUGCUGAGGCCGGAGUCAUGACCCUCUGUAUCACAAACCCAAUAUGGGUAACGAAGACGCGGCUUGUGUUACAAUAUGAUGCUGGCAUUGAUUCAUCAAAGCGCCAGUACAAAGGAAUGUUUGAUGCUCUUAUAAAGAUAUACAAGCUGGAGGGUAUACGUGGCUUAUACAAGGUAAUAUAAUUGGACAUACUGGAGAAGAAUUCUGGAAUUUAUCAUGGGUGUAAUAGCACUGUGGCUCUUGUGGAAUUGGAAAGUUGUUACGUGUUACUGUAAAAGCUACCUUUCAUCGUCUCAUAAGCCUAUUUCUACGACACCUGAGGAUUGCAGCAAAAAAAGCUUAUAAUGGUAAGUAAAGGUUGCAGAAGGAUAAGCAGUAGUGAAACUGGAAGAGGGAAGACUAUGGGGUACGUGGACAAAAGCUUUGUGGGCUGAAACUCAGAUGAGAGGAAUAUGGCUAAAAUAGAAAAGUUGAAUCAAGAACUGCUUUUGUUUAAUGAUCAUGAAUUUUUUUUCUGUAGUAUUCUCUUCUGGUUGUUGGAGGAGAGAGGUGGCGGCAACAGGGCAUCAUUUGUAGGGCAGAUUGAUGCUGUUACUGAUCAAACUGUUCCCCGUCGCCCAAUCCCAUCUCUCUGCCUGUCUUUCUGACAUCUCAUGAAUGACCAACCAUCAUCUUAAAUGCGGUGUGACUGAAACGGAGUUAUUAAUCUUCCCUCCAUUACUGUGGACAAUACUGCAGUCACCUCCCACAUCCCAUUCUCAGGCAUUUAGGCCUG